AGUUGGAUUAAAGUGGAGUGAAUGGAAAUGCAGCAGCCUGAGAGUCAGCCGACCAGUCCACCAGCAGGGACACAGAUACUGGAUCCAGCAGGUACUUACCAGCGUCGAAGGAGGACGGCUCUGUGGAUGACCGUGGCUCUGUUGGUCCUGGCUCUGGUGGUGCUCACAGUAGGUCUGGUCUCUGCCACCCGCACUGACAAUGUGCCAGUCUCUGGAUAUUACCCUGGUAUCUCUCUUAGCUGCGGGGCUUUCCUGGGCAUCAUUGGCAUCCACCUGGUGGAGAACCGCAGACCUAUGCUCAUCGCAGCGAUCAUCUUCAUCAGCAUCGGUGUGAUCGUCUCCUUUCUCUGUGCUAUUGUUGACGGAAUCAUUGCUUCGGAAUACAUCGACAUCAGGCCUUUGCAGGAGGACAUGUGUGACUUCUACAGCAGUGCUUCUGGAUACUUCUACGACAACUACUACACAGAGGUCACCUGCCGGUCAUUCAACAAAGCAUGUCAGCUGAAAAUGAAAAGCAACACCUGCUACUGCUGUUACCUGUACAACUGUGAGAGCACAUACGAAGACGCAGCUUACUUUGCGUUCACUGGUGUCAGCAGCUGCUGGGACGUGAUCCACCUCUACCGUCUCAUGUGGACCUCUGUGGUGCUCAACAUCAUGGCCUUAAUCCUGGGCAUCAUAACUGCUGCCAUCCUGGGCGCCUACAAAGACAUACAGAAGCCGACUGCCCCAGUGGCUCCCAGCCCAGCACCGCCUCCCCACAUCCUGUACAACCCCACCCAGCACAUGCUCACCUACGCUGGCUUCUGCCCAGGAGGACAGGCUCUGCCUGCCUACCCCAACUAUCCAAUACCUAUGCAGAUGCAGCAUAACACCAACUUCCAGCAACUUCCUACGCCCCAGAUGAUGACCGACACGGGCCUUUCCUCCACCACGGGCUUUUCUUCCACCACCUGUCCGUCCGAGGAGAACCAGCAUGCCCCCCAGCCACAGCCACAGGAAGGCACCCAGGAAACAGGUGGCUUCACGCUGACUCCCAACGCUCCAGUCUUCUACGGACCCUCCUUCGGUGGCUUUGAGAAACCUCCUCCCUACGCCUGCUGAGAACCAGGGGUGGAAACAUCACGACUACUGGCAUAUGUUGAUGGUGUAUGACGUAUGAAAACACUUAACC